UUGGGACCUGGCUCUCUGUUUGCUGUUGGCCUGGAUCAUCUGCUACUUCUGCAUCUGGAAGGGAGUCAAAUCUACAGGCAAGGUGGUGUACUUCACAGCAACGUUCCCCUACCUGAUGCUCUUCAUCCUGUUUAUCCGAGGUGUGACUCUACCAGGAGCUGGAGAGGGCCUAAAGUACUAUCUCUGGCCUCAAAUGGACAAGAUCUUGGAACCUGGGGUGUGGCGUGAUGCAGGGACCCAGGUGUUUUUCUCCUACGCUGUAUGUCAAGGGGUCCUCACCUCUCUGGGCAGCUACAACAAGUACAACAACAACUGUUACAAGGAUUGCGUGGCACUCUGCAUUCUCAACAGUGCCACCAGCAUCUUUGCUGGAUUCGCCGUGUUCUCUGUACUGGGAUUCAUGGCUCACUCACUCGACGUGGACAUGAAUGAAGUUGUUAAAGGAGGUGGGCCUCUUUCCUCCACAUCCCCCUCUUCCUCCUCCUUCCUCGUCUUCAUCCCUUUUUCAAAGUCACACUCCUUACUGCAGAGGUCAAGUUUGUCAACACCUUGAUAUAGAAUGAGAUUCCUUAAUUUCUGUUAUAUAUCGUGUGAAGCUGGGAUCUCCAACUCUGGUCCUAAAAAUGUACUAGGUGUGCAGAUAUUUGUUCUAGGUGUGCAGACAUAUUUGAUCAAACAAAUUGUGGUCCAGACUGAAGCCUAUAAUUAGUUGAUGUGGAAUAGGUAUGUUAGUGCUGGGGCGGAACAAGACUCUGCAUUCCCAGUCUCUCCCAGUAGAGAUGGAGAAGCCUGUGCUAUAGGUACGAUACUGCUCACUGUCAUAACCAAUAAUGGCCACAAGAGGGCCCUUCAGCCCAAUGUACCACACCAUAAAACCUCUAUCUCAACUGGUCUCCUCCACACAACAUUAAGCCGGUGAUAUUUACCUGCAAAUAUGAAUAAACUAAUGUGUGUGUGUGGGCUGUU